AUGAACGUACUUGCAGACGAUUCUGACUGUCGAGCAUGUAAGCAAGAGCCAGAAGCACUUGGACAUAAAAGGGAUCAUCCAAGAACAGAACAGAAUGCGUGCAAAAAAAAGAGAGCUUUAAAUAAGAGAAGAAAGCUUGAUUCAUAUCAGCCCGAUAUCUCAAGUUCUGGAGACGAAUCCGCUUCAGAGGAAUCGUCUUUCAAUCCUCCAUUUGAAAAUAUUCAACAAGAAAUUAAUCAAGCUGAAGAGGAGGCCAACGAAUUUAUUGGGAACUCUUCAAUUAAAGAAAACUCAAGUGAUACAGCUACGACAGAUGUCUCCGAAGAUAGUGGAAGCAGUUUUAUAAUCGAUAUGCAGUAUUCGAGUCAGUCGUCGUCCAAUGAAGAAAGAAUCGAUGAAACAAUUGAAGAAAUGGUCAGUGAAUGUGAAGACAUCAGCGAUUCUUCAGAUUCAGAUACUGUAUUAUUUAUUAAACUUUAUUGUUUUUAAGGAUAUAAAUGGCAGGCCACAAGCAUGAUUCUUAUGUUUACCAAUUGGUCGAGUUUAUAGCUCGCGGACCUCGCACCACAAAGAAAAUCGACAUGGUCCCUUCUCACUGGGUGUCUUUGAACAAAAAAACAGGCAAAAUUAUCACAAAAUGUAUGCCUCCACCAUAUACAGAGAAGAGAUGUCGUGUUUUGAAAAAUCUGGUAAAAACUUGAGGUGAUCCUUUAGAUGACUGGCCACAAUUUAAUGUAAUUAUAAAAGGUUCAAACAUUACGAUUUUAG